AAUAAACAGCAAUUGACAUCUGCUUUUUUAGGAUAGAUCAGGUUAUCUGAAAAAUUUAUAAAAAAUUUACUUGGAAUCGUCACGAAUGAUAAAAAAUAAAGAAAGCAUUAGUUUCCUUAGAAGACGUAACGAAUUUGAAAAAGAAAAUGUCAAUUUGAAAAUCGAUACAAAAUGCACGAUCGUAUCUUUUGCAAAGAACCUGGUUAACGAAGUGGCACUGAAAGCUGUAAACAUUGUGAAUGCUGAUAAGGAAAAAGGAAAGUCCUGGAAAAACAAGUUAGAAUCCAAGAGUCAAAAUUUAUCCAUGGAGAAAAAUCAAGACGAUCUCGAAUCGAGAGAAAACUAUUCGCAGGAGAAUCAACCGAUCGUUCAAAUGAUUCAGAUGCAGCUGCAAGAUGGAGGCUGCGUUGAUCCAACCGAAAGAGAACAAAUUAUUAAACUUGUUCAAGAUUUGGGAAACUUACAGAUUGGUGACUCAUCAUUGGUCAAGCCAGGACUUACCACCUUAGAGAAUCAAAUUAAAAGAGCCGUUCACAAUAUAGACAACAUGAUCGUGACUGAAAGCAAGAUAUCGGAAGGUCAGGGAGAUGUGGAUCAUCAGCAAUUGAUCGAGACGAUCGAGAUCACAGAAAUAACGGACGAAGUGGAUCAAUCGAAUAUAGAAGCCGGCGAGUCGACGAGUCGGCUAGACACGGCAAAACUGACCUCGUGUGUUCUGUACAAAAUGAUCGAAGAACUCGAGACAGAAUCAAACCCGGAAGAAGCGUCAGUGAAAUGCAUCGAGAGAAUUUCGAUUAAUUCACCGAACGGCCAAAAAAUAGCAAAAUGGGAAGAGAGCGAAGAAAAAUUCAUACGGAUCAUCGAAGGAUCGCAAGACGACGAGGAGCAAGAUAAAUCGGAUACAGAAGUGUCAUUUAUGAAAUCGAAUGAGAAACCGUCGUCCAAAACCGACUCCGUUUCGUCAUUGGCCAAAGACGUGAAACAGGAAGUAGUGGAUGCGCCACCUGCCAUCUCGAUGAUUUUCAACGACUUCACUGCCAAGUCUGACUCCGCUGAGAAACUAGAAAGCAUUUCGUUGGAAGCCAACUCGAAAUUCAAGUCAAAAAAGAAAAGAGGUUUGGGCAGCAAGCUGAGAAGAUUCUUUCUAUCGACUCUGGGUCGUAAAUCCGACUCGUGAUCUGUUAGUGGAAUUUGACCUGGCGCAUUAUUGAAAUCUAAUAAAGUUCAAUUUUUAACUUC